AUGAAAUCACGACGUCGAUUUUGGAUAUUCUUCGUGCUGAUUUUCCUCAUGUACACAUUUGUUAUUUGGAGUAUUGGAAAAUAUCACAGUUACACGGUGGAAAUUGUUCAGAAGGUCAUAUUAGACAUUGAAUCUCCAAGUUCUGAUCGAAGAUUUUUAAUUGAUCUCCGAGAUUUCGAUUACAUCAUUAAUCAGAAAUCUUGUCGGCAGUUGAAAAUGCAGCCCAAGUUCAUCAUUCUCAUACACAGUGCUCCGAGGAAGAGAGAAAACCGGGAUAACAUCCGACAGACCUGGGGAGGAUGGAAACUCGAUCACAGAGUCCUCUUCCUACUUGGAACUGUGGACUCUGAGGAUCUUCAGAACGACAUUCAGAGUGAAAGUGACUUUUUUGGGGAUAUCGUUCAGGGAAAUUUUGUGGAUUCUUACAAAAAUCUAUCCUAUAAGCACAUUAUGGCUAUGAAAUGGGCCACAGAAUUCUGCCCAGAAACUCAAUUCAUCUUCAAAUCUGACGAUGAUAUUUUCGUGAAUACACCACUUAUGUGGAAAUACAUCUAUAGAAUGAGAAAUAAAAGGAACUUUAUGUUCUGUGUGAUUAGUUGGAAACCAGGUGUUAUUCGUGAUGAAAGGUCCAAGUGGUACGUUUCACCUGAGGAAUACCCCAAUGAGACUUAUCCAGUCUACUGUCCAGGAUGUGGAGUCCUACUGACCAUAGAUGUUGCACAGAAACUCCACAAAGCUGCAGAAACGACUCCCUUCUUUUGGGUAGAUGAUGUCUACGUCCUUGGAAUACUCAGGGAAAAGAUUAAUGUUAGAAUAACUCACACGGAGAAUAUGCAUAUGGGUUCACAGAUUUCCGAUGAAAUUAUCUCAAAUAAGAGAAAUAUCACAGACGUUGAUCACUAUAUCUUCAGCUUUGAGUUGAAGAAUGAGCACAUAAGACAAUUCUGGAACGUUGUAAAAAUGUCUCUGAAAAAAGGUUAUUACAAUUUUGAUACAUUAAAUUAA